UUUCCCUUUUAUCACUCGAAAAGAAAAAAAAAAAAAAAAAGGAAUAGGGGUGAGGGUUUUGUAAAGGCCAAUGGAGGGCUCCUCUUCCCAGCUAUUUGAUGAUGAUCAAAAGUCUUCUGGCGCUUCCAAGUUCCUCUUCAACCUUCCGUCUCGCGGCCACCUCUCCUCCACCGUCGUCUCCUCCAAUCUGGGGGGGAUGCGAGUGUAUAUUUGCGAGCACAACACUUCUCCACCAGAGAGCCAGCACAUAAAGACAAACCAACAGAACAUACUUAUUAGAUCGCUCAUGCUUAAUGACAAGAAUGGUGAUUCCAGUUCAAAGGAUGUGAAAACUGCAGCUGAGGGUCCUAGAAAGAGGGCUGCUGAAAGAGUCAUGGAUAGCAGGGCUUCAGCAAAGAAAGCCAAUACACAAGAGGGAUCAAGCAGUCGUGCAGCUGAGAAGGACUACCAUAGUUUAACAGUAGAUAGGCUUCGUGCCCUUCUAAAGGAAAGAGGACUUUCUUCCAAGGGAAAGAAGGAUGAACUGAUUGCUCGCUUGAAAUGUGUAAAUGGUUCAUCGCAGAAGUCAGAGUGACGCCGCAGCUCUAUCAAUGUAUACGUUGGCAGAGGUAAAAGAGAAGUAGGCGAUCAUGUUGUCUUUUGCGUAACUUAGGGAAGUGACACCAAAAUGGAAGAAUUACUUAAAACUUAGUGUUUCCUGAAAAUAAUGAGUAAGAGAAAUUCUAGAACCUUUGCGUUUUGGGGUUAGUAUUUGUGUUAUCA